AUGUCUGCAUCUCAGACCUGUCAGGCUAACACAUACCCCUGUCUGAACGGGCGCUGCAUCCCUGUCAGUUGGGCCUGCGACCGGGACGACGACUGCGGCGACAACUCCGACGAGCCACCGUCCUGUGUUUUCCCUACAUGUGAACCACUCACACAGUUCAGCUGCUCCAAUGGCAAAUGCAUUAGCGUGAAAUGGCACUGCGAUUCAGAGGAUGACUGUGGGGACGGCAGCGAUGAGCUGGGCUGCGUCCAUGCCUGCUCCAACGCCCAGUUCCAGUGCCACAGUGGGAAGUGUAUCCCAGAGCACUGGGUGUGUGACGGGGACAACGACUGCGGAGACCUCAGCGAUGAGAACGGCACAUGCAAGGGCACAGUGGCCACGGCUCCGGUGAGUGAGUGCGGUGAGGGGGAGUACCACUGCGUCGCCGACGGCACCUGCAUCCCUGAGCGCUGGCGCUGCGAUGGGGACAAGGACUGCGAGGAUGCCAGCGACGAGACACACUGCCAAGGCACCCGCCGCGUCUGUGACCCCCAGGCCAAGUUCACCUGUAAACUCUCAGAACCGCAACAGAUGCGAGUUGGCCCAAGCGGUCGCACGGAUGAACGUUUUCCAACUCAGAGAAAUGAUACAAAAACAAACCGAACCAAAACAAAAAAAAAGCCCCGAGGCUUUGCGAGAGAACAUUUUCCCAGAAACCUCAGUGUCCUCACCUAUCCCCCCUGCUCCCUCACCUCCCCUCCCUCUCUCCUCUCAGGGAAGUGUAUCAGCCGCAGUUGGGUGUGUGACGGCGACCACGACUGCGAGGACCACUCGGACGAGGAGGGCUGCGAGGUGCCCGCGUGUAAACCCCCACGCCACCCCUGUGCCAACGACACGUCUAUCUGCCUGCCCCCCGAGCGCAUCUGCAACGGCCGCAGAGACUGUGCUGACCACUCGGAUGAGGGGCCCUUCUGCGAUGAAUGCUCUGUGAGGAACGGAGGAUGUAGCCACCAGUGCUCUUUGGCCCCAGGCAGAGGGGUGGUGUGCUCCUGUCCCACGGGGCUCCAUCUUGGCUCAAACGACCGCAGUUGCGAGGCGGUAGACUACUGCACCAAGCACCUGAAGUGCAGCCAGGUGUGCGAACAGUACAAGAGCACGGUCAAGUGCUCCUGCUACCCCGGCUGGAGGCUGGACCCCGAUGGCGAGGAGUGCCACAGCACAGAUGCCUUUGAGGCUUUCAUAAUCUUCUCCAUCCGCCACGAGAUCCGGCGCAUAGACCUGCACCAUCGCGACUACAGCCUGCUGGUGCCGGGCCUCAGGAACACCAUAGCCCUGGACUUCCACUUCAACCAGAGCCUGCUCUACUGGACCGACGUGGUGGAGGACAAGAUCUACAGAGGGAAGUUAGCAGAGGCCGGAGGGGUAAUUGGGGUGGAGGUGGUGGUGCAGCACGGCCUGGCUACCCCAGAGGGUCUGGCUGUGGACUGGGUGGCAGGGAACCUGUACUGGAUCGACAGCAACCUGGACCAGAUCGAGGUGGCCAAGCUGGACGGAGACAUGAGAAGCACUCUCAUCGCAGGGGGCAUGGAGCAUCCGCGAGCCAUCGCCCUGGACCCAGGCCAUGGUGUCCUCUUUUGGACAGACUGGGACGCCACGUUCCCCCGCAUCGAGGGCGCGUCCAUGAGCGGCGUGGGCCGCCACGUGGUCUUCAAGGACAUGGAGAUGGGAGCCUGGCCCAACGGCCUCACGCUGGACCACGUGGAGAAGAGAGUCGUCUGGACGGAUGCGCGCUCUGAUGCCAUCUACUCUGCCCUGUACGAUGGCAGCGGGCUGAUUGAGAUCCUCAGGGGGCACGAGUACCUGUCGCAUCCCUUUGCUGUGAGCCUGUUCGGGGGCAGUGUGUAUUGGACAGACUGGAGAACCAACACGCUGACCAGGGCCAACAAAUGGACCGGGGCCAAUGUGACAGUGAUCCAGAAAACAAGCGCCCAGCCUUUCGACCUGCAAAUAUUUCACCCAAGCCGCCAGCCACAAGCUUCAAACCCCUGCAGGGCAAACAGUGGCAGGGGACCCUGUUCCCACCUGUGUCUACUCAACUCCAACCGCACGGCCUCCUGCUCCUGCCCCCACCUCAUGAAGCUGUCCGCAGACAACACGUCCUGCAUGUCGCUGAAGAGGUUUCUGUUGUACGCGCGGCGAUCGGAGAUCCGCGGAGUCGACAUUGACAACCCUUACUUCAACAUAAUCACCGCCCUAACCGUGCCUGACAUCGACGACGUCACAGUGGUGGAUUACGACUUCGGCGGAGGAGCGAAUCUAUUGGACGGAUGUGAAAACUCGCACAUAAAGCGUGCAUUCAUCAACGGCACAAUGAUUGAGACCGUCAUAUCUGGAGAUCUGUUCAAUGUGAGAGGCCUGGCGUUGGACUGGCUGUCCAGGAAACAUGUACUGGCUGAGCUCGGAGAAUGA